AUGUCUCCCGCAAAAGUCGCCAACCUUGAUUUCGAGAAAUUCUACAACAUCAUCGAUGGCAAGCAGCGUGGCUCGGAUCAGACUCACCAUGGCGUCAACCCUUCAACUGGCAAGGAGCUCUGGGGCGUGCCAGUUGCGAGCGAAAAAGACCUAGACGACGCUGUCGAGGCUGCGAAGAAAGCCUUCCCCGCCUGGCGGGAUGCCGGUAUUGAGAAGCGCAAGCAAGCCAUGGGCAAGCUCGCUGAGCUUUACAGUGAUUACACUGACGAGUUCACCAAUCUGCUCUGCGCCGAGUUGGGCAGGCCGAGAAAAUUCGCAGCCCUUGAAGUCGGUGGCGUCGUAGGAUUCUUCAACCACCAUAUUUCACUUCAAAUACCCAGUGAAACCUUUGAGGAUAACGAGAAGACGGUUUACACAGAAUACAUGCCGCUUGGUGUUUGUGGAGCUAUCUGCCCGUGGAACUUCCCUCUCAUUCUUUCCUGUGGAAAGAUUGCGCCUGCUUUAUUGACCGGUAAUUGUAUCAUCGUCAAGCCGUCACCUUUCACUCCCUACACCGCUCUCAAGUUUGCUGAGCUCGCACAAGAGGUCCUUCCUCCUGGUGUCCUUCAGGUAGUCGGUGGUAAUAACGACCUGGGAGUGUCCAUGUGCAAACAUCCAGACAUUUCUAAAAUUUCCUUCACUGGUUCGACCGCUACUGGAAAGAAGGUGAUGGAAACUGCGGCAAAGACGCUAAAGCGCGUCACCCUCGAGCUUGGAGGUAACGACGCUUCCAUCAUCCUUCCCGACGUGGACAUCAAGAAAGUCGCCCCCGAGGUGGUUAUGGGUGCAUUCCAGAACAGUGGACAAGUGUGCGUAGCGACCAAGCGCAUCUACAUCCACGAGUCUAUCUACCAGGAGUUUGUCCAAGAGAUGGUCAACGUCACAAAGACAUUCAAAGUUGGCAACCCGCACGACGGUGACAAUAUGCUAGGGCCCGUGCAGAACCAAAUGCAAUACGAGCGCGUCAAGGAAUUUUUCGUGGAUAGCAAGGCAAAGGGCUACAAAUUUGCCGUCGGUGAGCCAGACGUUCUAGCAUCAGAGGGUUACUUCAUCCAGCCCACCAUCAUCGACAACCCGCCCAACGAUUCCCGCAUCGUACAAGAAGAGCCAUUUGGUCCGAUUGUACCUACGCAGCCGUGGUCUGAUCUCGAUGAGGUCAUCGCACGCGCAAAUAACACUAGGGCUGGUCUUGCUGCAUGUGUAUGGGGCAAGGACGUUGAGAAGGCGGCGAAGGUUGCACGACGACUAGAAGCUGGCUCUGUAUUCGUCAAUUCCUUUGAAAAGCUGAUACCUCAGGCUUACUUUGGCGGACAAAAGGAAUCAGGUAUUGGUGGCGAGUGGGGUAAUACUGGUGUGCUGGCCUACUGCAAUCCUCAUGUCAUCCACGUCUACAACUCAUAG